UUCCUAUCUACCACCGGUUCAAAGGCCAUCAACGUGGGUCCUGAUGUUUUGAAACGUGCAGCGUUAAAAUUAGACCAAGUUUGGCUGAAACCAGCAGGGCUAAAUGGGGGCGUUUGAGGUGCACCGUGUUCGCUUCUUUGACUAUAUGCCCAGCGCUAUCCGGGCCAUGGCGUUCAACAGCAGCACGGAGCGGCUGGCGGUGGCCCGACUGGACGGAGCCGUGGAGAUCUUUAACUUCGCUGAUAACUACUUCCAAGAGAAGGUGAUCCCCGGACAGGAUGGCAGAGCGAUCGAGGCUCUGUGUUGGGUGGGUCGGCGCCUGUUCAGCGCGGGCCUGAACGGAGAGAUCACAGAGUACGACCUGGAGAACCUGAGGCCCAGAUACAGCGUGGAGGCCUAUGGAGGACCUAUCUGGACCAUCAGCAUCAACAGCCAGGGGACACUACUGGCAGCUGGAUGUGAGGACGGGACAGUGAAGAUGUUUGAAGUACUGAAGGAGGGGAUUCAGUUCCAAAGAAACCUGGACAGACAGAAAGGUCGCAUCGUUUCUCUGUCCUGGCAUCCGUCUGGAGCUCAGAUUGCCGCUGGAAUGAUGGACAUGAUCCAAAUCUUUGACGCAGAAAAAGGCCACGCCACGCACAGGCUGCUGGUGGAGCGAGGCAUGGGAACAUCCAGGAGCCAGGAGGUGGUGGUUUGGAGCGUUGCCUUCCUGUCUGAUCACACCAUUAUCAGCGGCGAUUCUGCAGGAAAAGUCCAAAUCUGGGACGGGUUGACGGGGACGCUGGUCAGAACUCACCUGGUCACCAAGUGGGAUGUCCUGGCUCUGUCUGCUUCUCAGGAUGAGAGCAGCGUGAUAGCCGGGACAUCAGAGGGAACCGUGGUCCAGUUCCAGUUCAUCUCCUCCUCCGUGAGCCAGCAGGACAAGCAGUGGGUCCGAACCAGGACAUUUAAAAAUCACUCGCAUGAUGUGAGGGCUCUGGUUCACACCAACACGGCCGUGGUUUCUGGAGGCAUGGACACCCAGCUGAUGGUGCGACCCCUGCUGGACAAGGUGGAGAAGAACACCCACGAGUCGUCGCAGCGCCGGAUAGCCUUUCCCCAUAGAAGUCUGGUUGGAUGUGCAAAGAAAGCAGGACUGCUGCUCUUCCAGUUCUCUGAUCAUCUGGAGGUGUGGAGGCUAGGAGAAAGUGAUGGACAUGGGAAACCGGGUGACAGCCUUCCUGUGAAGAGGAAACCAGAGAAACUGAUCCAGCUAAAGAGGAAGGGAGAAGAUCACAUCUGCUGCAGCGCUCUGUCCCCAUGUGGAGGCUGGUUGGUUUAUUCCACCGUGUCUAGCGUUCGUCUCUACAAACUGCAGCUUAGCAGCAAUAAUGUCAGCAUCAACAGGGUGUCCAAACUACCUAAAGAGCUUGGUUCUGUGUACCAGCUCUGCUUCUCCUCUGACUCCUCCAGACUCUUCGCCUCCUCCAGCCAGUCGUUGGUCGUCGUCGUCAGCCUGGACCAGCUGCACCUGGAGUGUAAAUACCUUCAUACGCUCAGACACAAGUCAGGCUCCACGCAGCCAGUCCACCUCCUGUCUCCCAGUGAAGAUGGAAAGUGGCUGGCCACGGCCAACACGGACCACGAGGUCCACGUCUUCAACCUCCAGAAGCUGAAGCUGCACUGCUCGGUCCCGGUCUACAGCUCCUGCCCCACCGCCAUCGCCAUCCACCCAACCAGCAGCCACCUGGUGUGCGUGCAUGCUGACCAGCAGAUCUUGGAGUUCUCCUUGAAGCAGAAGGAGUACACGGAGUGGAGUCGGAAGCUGCAGAAACAAGGCCUGCACCCGCUGUGGCUGCAGAGGGACUCCGUUAUCACACACGUGUCGUUCCACCCCACAAACCCGGCACAGCUGCUUCUGCAUGACGCGUACAUGUUCUGCAUCAUCGACCAGAGUCUGCCACUGCCCGAAGCAAAGACAAGGCUCCUCAACCAGAUGAUGCUGAGGAGUCUUCCUCCUCCUGAGAGGAGCAGAGAAAGCCAUGCCUUCAAGAUCUGCAAGUACUUCCAGCACAUCAUGUGUUUGCGUCUGCUGGAGGACCAUUCCCUGGUGGUUGUGGAGCGCCCUCUGCUGGACAUCCUGUCCCAGCUGCCUCCUCCUGUCCGCCAGAAGAAGUUUGCCACAUAGACGUUUUCUCACCGUGUGUCUGCUGUGUGUUGAAGAAGUUUUGAUAAAAUAAUAAAUUGAGCUAUUUGCUGUCA